CAAGAAGCGGUCGCGUAGUCCAUCGCCCGCUUCAUCUAAAAAGGCCCCCAAAAGCGACGACACAAAGGAGAGCACGCCAGACGAUUCUGUUGCAGAUGUUGCAGAUGACGCGAAGGAGAGACUGAUAGACGCCAAAGAGCUUUUGAAGAUGGACUCGGAGGUCAAAGUACCUGACAUGGCCGUCGGGAAACCGAUCCUGUAUAGCAAAUUGUGCGAGGUGUUUGAGGCCCUAGAAAAAGAGUCCGGCAGACUCAAGUGCAUCGAGAUCGCCUCCGAGAUGUUUUCCCACGUGCUGGACACAUCUGAGAAUCAGGAAGACCAGAUAAGAAACCUUGUUGAGGUCAAUUACCUGACUAUCAAUAGGGUGUGCCCAGAUUACGAGGGGCUUGAGUUGGGACUAGGCGAGACUCUUCUCAUGAAAGCACUGGCCACAGGUACAGGCCGUUCGAUGCAGCAGCUGAAAAAAGAUCUUGGAGAGUAUGGCGACAUCGGUCUGGUUGCUCAAAAAUCGAGAUCCAAGCAAAGUUUGAUGUUCAAGCCGCAACCGUUGACAGUGUUUCAAGUAUUUAAAAAUCUCAAGGAAAUUGCAAGCAUGUCGGGAGCCUCUUCGCAGAACAAAAAAAUUGCCAUGAUCAACAGAAUGCUGACGUCCUGUGACUCGCGCGAGGCCAAAUUCCUGAUGAGGUCGUUGGAAGGCACGUUGCGCAUCCAGUUUGCAGAGAAAUCGGUGGUGGUUGCAUUGGCCAAGGCUUUGGUGGAGCACGAGAUGAAGCAGCGGGGCCAAAAAGUGACUCCUGCAAUUCUGAGUGAGGCUGAGGAGCAGAUGAAGGAGGCAUUUUCGCAGACGCCCAAUUACGAGCUGAUCAUCGAGAGCGCGAUAAAAUACGGAACUCUCAAGCUCAUGGACCACUGCACGCUGAAGCCAGGAAUACCCCUCAAGCCAAUGCUUGCAAAACCAACCAAGUCGAUCACGGAGAUCCUCAACCAGUUCGAGAACCAGGAGUUCACGUGCGAGUACAAAUACGACGGCGAAAGAGCACAGGUUCACCUGCUACCUGACCGAACGCUUAGAGUUUACUCUAGGAGCUCCGAAAACAUGACCCAAAGAUAUCCAGACCUAAUUCCCGUCAUGGAGGAGCUCCAGAGACUUAAUCCAGAAGUGAAAUCGUUUAUUUUGGACUGCGAGUGUGUGGCAUGGGACAAGAAGCAGGAAAAGAUCCUCCCGUUCCAGAUCCUGUCAACCAGAAAGCGCAAGGACGUGAAGGAGGAAGACAUAACGGUGCAGGUGUGUUUGUUUGCCUUUGACAUUCUGCUGUACAAUGGCGAGUCCCUACUCCAGAAGUCUUUGAAAGAGCGCAGACAAUACAUGUACGACAAUCUGAAGGUUAUCCCUGGGAAGUUUCGUUUCUCUGAGAAACUCGACUCCUCCGAUUUAGACGUCAUAACGAAGUUCCUUGACCAGUCCGUCAAGGACUCUUGCGAAGGGCUGAUGAUCAAAACGCUUAAUGGGACGAACAGCUUAUACGAGCCAUCCAAAAGAUCGAGGAACUGGCUCAAGCUGAAGAAAGACUAUUUGGAGGGAGUCGGAGACUCUCUGGAUCUGGUAGUCAUUGGUGCAUAUGUUGGCAAGGGAAAGCGCACUGGAGGGUACGGCGGGUUUUUGCUCGCUAGCUACAACCCAGACAGUGGCGAGUUUGAGGCUAUCUGCAAAAUUGGCACCGGCUUUAGUGAAGAGAUGCUUGCUUCGUUAUUUGAGAAACUCAAGCCAACACAGUUGGACAAGCCUAAAGCGUCGUUCGUGUACGAUAAGACGAAUCCCCGAGCAGCCCCAGAUAUCUGGUUUGAACCAACAACGCUGUUUGAGGUGAAAGUGGCGGACUUUACCGAAAGUCCUCUCUACAAAUGCGGCUACAGUUUUUUGGGAGACGGCUCCAAAGGAGUGUCACUGAGAUUUCCACGGUUUGUGCGGAUAAGAGAUGACAAGAGCGUUGAGGAUGCAACGACAAGCGAGCAGAUAGUGGAGAUGUACGAGAAACAGGCACAUCUUAGCUGAUAACCAAACUUCAUAGUGUACAAUAUUUCAAAUCAGAAAUCUUUGGCCGCCUAACUAUUUUA